UUGACGACGGAAAGUCACGAGAAGAUGGCGAAUCUGGAGUGUAGGUACGCGAAUACAUGUUAGCGGACUCGUAGCGAUGUUUAAUUAAUCCCAGACGUGUCGCUUUUACAGACGUAUGUACUAGUUGUUUAACCAGCAAACACUUUCGCAAAUUUAUAAAUGCCUUGACUGGAUUGUGGGUAGCUACAACACUAGCUGGAGUUAGCUAACUCAUUUUGGCAGCUGUAAAUGGCGUCCCUCUGCCCACACAGACACAAUGACCACACCGUAACAUACAGUGUGUGUAUGUAGUGACAUGCGAGCUUGAUAAAUAUCAUCGUGACUGACGUGUUUUAAUGGCUUAUCGCUGAGUCGAGAGCUCUGGAGCCUCGAGCACACUGCGUUGGACGGUAUGGCUUUACAUAACUUGGUUUUUGUUAUCGAUGUGGAUUAUGGAGAUGGUGAUUCGGGCGAUCACCUGGACGUCAGGAAUCAUAUAUUGAAACGAGGUUUGUUGCAGAUUCUGUUGCACUUUGGCUAUAAAUACGGAUUUGAGAAAGUACGCUGGGGUUAUAAAUUCUUCCAGUCGACGAGUGGACGCAAUGCCACCCUCAUAUCCAGGGGGUCAGAUUUCAAGGAGCUCCGGCACAAAACGUUUGAGGACUUCGAAGAAGAGUUUGACGGCAAGUUUGAGGUGAAGGAUAAACUGCGAUCUUCUCAGCAGUGUCAACAAGUGUGUCAGUCUGCUUCCGUUCAAAACGCCCUCAAAGAGACCUUGUUAGACUUCCAGUGGGACAGGCCUGACAUCACAUCUCCCACUAAACUGUACCUGAGGCAGAGGAAGUCGAGCAGAGCUGGAAAGCCAAGUGUUUCACAGGAGGAUGAGAUUUCAAUCAAUGGGAAGAAUGUGAUGUUUAUUGUCUCACAGUGUCCACGGUCUAGGACACAGCUUCAGGACUAUCUUUCACUGGGAGACAAUGACCUGCCAACAGAUGGAACAGAGCAAGUCUUAUCCAAGGGCCUUCUUGACAUGCUUGUUCAGCGGCAGGUUGUGUUGCAUUGGAUUGACAGUACAUCAAAUAUCCAGGUUGGGAUGUGUGAGGACCAUCUUGGCACUGACAAGCUAUCUGAGGUACUGGCUCAGCUGGGUGGCAGAGUGAUACCUGUGGUUGCACUGCUGAACCUCAGCUGCGUUCAGGGGCCAGACUCUGGCUUCAGGCCAGAGGCCUUCACAUCCAAGUCCAGCCUCGGAUACCUGCUGGCUUCUGAAAGACUCUAUCGUCUAGCCUUUCCUGUUAUUAGAGGUAUUCUCCGGUGGGAGCAAGGUGAUGAGACACAGAGCUGCAGUGUCAUGGUUGAACCGGUGUCUCGCAGACAGAGGCUUCUCCCAGAGUCAGUGGAAGUGUGUAUGAAAGGAGUGCUGCAGGGUUGGAAUGCCUCAUCACUGACACAAGUCCCUACAGAGUCAUGGGUGCUUCUGUGCUCUAGCAGAAGUGACCAUGAAUCGGCUGCCUUUCAACGUGUUCUUUCAGAACUGUCUGCUCAUGCUCUGCACAUGCUUGCUGAUGUGAAUGACACUGGCCUGGUGUGCACAGCUGUCCUUUCCCCCUUGUCACACUGCACAGCUCUGCUCACUAUCCUUCAGCCCGGAGUCAGUCAACAUGACACACUCUUGACCACUGAAAACAUUGCCCCUGCCACUGCCGAUACCUCAGCUGACCUGCCUGACGUUGUGAGCAGUGUUCUUGGUGUAGUGUAUGACAUCAUGGAGGAGGAUGGUGACAGUGGUGAUGAGAAGCUUAAUCAUCACUCUGUUCCUGAGUGGGCAAAGCAAGAACUUAACCACUGUCCAGUGACAACACACAUGUUGGACACUUGGUUCCCUCAGUCAGAUCAGUCUGGAGUGAGCUCUCAUUUAAUGGAGUCAAUGAGAUUGUUACAUGCAGUCCCAGAGCAGAGUGAUGAAGAGGAAGAGAUUUCUGUCCUACAACAGGAGUUGAUUACUGGUCUGGCUGAACUGUACCAGACUUCCCAGGGCUCAAACAACAAGAGAGGCAAAAAACGUGGUGCCCAAUGCACUCCAGUUAAACAGAAAAUGAAGACCAUGAGCCGCUCCCUACAGAUGCUGAAUGUGGCACGGCUAAAUGUGAAAGCCCAAAAGAACCAGGCUGAGGCUGAGCAGCUAGAGACAGAAGGCAGGGGGUCAGACAGACUGAGGAAUAGCAGGUCAAGUGGCAACAACAAAUCUGGAGGAGCAAACACCAUCAGUUUCACUAGUGAGAAAGAGCUCCUGUCCCAUCUGAAGUCCAUCUACGACAAGACUCUGGCAGAGAGAGAUGCAUCCAUCCUCACUGCUGUGAAGCAGAUCCUGUCUGCUGUGAAAACCUUCCUCCUGGCAGAAUCACAGGCGGAAGAGAGACACGAGGUGAAGACCUCCCUGUUUUUUCAGCAGCACCUGCUCAAGAGCAGCAAAUCAGUCAGGCAGCUCUAUAACAGGAGUGCAGAUGUUGAUAGCAAAGUCAGAGAGUGCCAGUUUCAGGCGGUGCUGAGGCUGGAGUUGUGCAGACUUCACUCUGUAGAGAGUUCUGACUCACUGGAUACUGAACAGAUGGCAGAGGAGGUGGCAGAUAUGCUCAGGAUAAUCUCUCUAACUAAAGACCCAGUUUGUUUGGCAAGGUUUCUUCAGGAUGAGGUUCUCCCAGGGUUUCUAACAGCUGUCCCCAGGGUUCUUGCUGACAUCUAUAACAGUCUGGGCAACCAGCUCCCUGAAGCUUUGGUGGCUGUUCUGCCUUCUGACUUCUUCAGUGAUGAGUCAAUUGUCAAAGACAGUGUUUCUCCUUCAAACUCCACAUCUCCGUGCUCCUCACACAACCUGGUUUCAGACCGCCUGCAGGACCUGCGAAAUCGCUCAGCCAACAAAAGGAGGAGUGGGAUGCUGACACGUCAUCGCAGUAUGACUGAAUCAUCUCAGAGCCUUCGCCAAAUAGAGAUACCCAAAAAGACUACAAGAGCUUCCAAGGCAAAGAUGCGUGUUGAUUUGGAAAAAUCUGUCGCAAAACCACAACCUCAGAAACAAGAAAUACAAGAGGUGACCAAGGUGAGAAGAAAUCUGUUCAAUCAAGAGAUCGUUUCACCUUCAAAGAAAUCCAAGCUGCCAAGGAGCCAGUCUGUGUCUGCUGUGGAAGGACUGAAACGCAAGCGAUCUAAUGAGUCAGAUGAGAGACACAAAAUUUUAACAAAGAAAGUGUGUGAGACACCCCACCACAAGCAAGUGUCCAGUCGCCUUCUAUAUCGACAGAAAAUGGGAAGAAGAUCUGACCCAGCUGAGGAGUGCAUUGUGGAAGAGUCUCCAGUAAAACCUGAAGAAGACUUGAGGAGGAGCCCCAGGAUUAAGAAAUUUGCUAGAAGACACUCGAGCACCUUCUACUCAGCUUCUCAGCCUCGCUCACGGAACUUGGACAGGGCUCUCUCUGUGUCCCAGCUUGCUCUAAGUGAUGGCAAAAUCAACAAGGUUAACAUAAAAACGGUUCAGUCUCCAAGGCGUCUUCUUUUUGGUGCUGCUGAUUCGCCGUGUCAUUUAUCUGACCAGCCUACUGCAAAAAGAGCCACCAGAUCAAGGUUGUCCACAGACUCCAGUGUCUUUGAGAGUCCAAAUAAAACGCCAACAAAGUCGUCCAGCAAAUGUAGGGAGGUCGGUCUUGGAAACACAACUCCCCCGCUACCCAGGACCCCUCGGACUAGAGGAUGUCCCAAAACCCCACCAUCAUCCAGAACACAUUUUUUCUCUGUUCCAGAGAGUCCAGAAGCUGGCACUUGUGAGCUCAGUGUAGCUCUGAGGGGCAGUCCUUUUAGAUCACCAGCCAGAAGGUGUCUUCUUGUAAAGACACCUACAAAGCAAAGCCCUAUGAGGAGCCCAUUGAAGGGUAUUCUUAGGACUCCAGUCAAGACCUUGGUUGAAUGCAUUUCCUCCCCUGGAUCACACAUGCUUAGUAGUCCAGUUUCCAAGACUCCAAAGAAAUGCGUUACAUGGUCUCCAUCUCCACGAAAAUUUAGAGUGGUGGAGGACAGCACCACUUUCAAAGUGCCGGAAUCGCCUUGCAUUGCAUCCCGAAGGUCUCCAAGAUUGCUGCAAACACCCAACAAGCUCACCAGCCCUGUCAGAAACACAAACACUAAAAGAGACAUUUUUAAAACCCCAGAAAAGACUUGUCAAAUAAGUCUUGUAAGGGUUUCUGGUAAUACAAGUUGCGUUACCUUGGCACAGGAAGGUCAAAGGUCCUCUGAAAAACUAAACAGCAGGAUGAAAACACCUGAAAAAACUAUUUGUGUGAUGGAAAAUCCUUCUCCACAAUUGACACCCCCUUUCAACCACCACCUCUCUCCUAAACCCUGUGCUAGAAUUCAAAAUAAGACCCCAAGUCCUACUCAUCAAAUGGCUACACGUUCUGGACGAACUCCAGGCAAAAGUCCAAAUGCUGCUUCCCCGUGUAAAUCAGCAUUUACACCAGUAGAAGGCAGUACUGUUUCACAGGGAUCAGAUGCUUCAGCAAAGUCACCAGCAAAGUCCCUUACAAAGAGAAGUUCUGGUCAAAGUGCAAGACCCACCAGGCACAGUUUGAGAUCCCAGUCUAAUGAGAAUGUUCCCUCUACACUAAAACCAGAAGCUGCUGAGAACUGUGACCUUCCUAGAACUGAAGAUACACAAGGACCGGUACAAGCUGAACAUUCCCACUCUGAAACAGACUCCAGUUCCCACACAGAUUCACAGCAAUGUGACUCCUCACAGGUAAACUCUGCUACGACAGAUGAUGAGAGUAUGGACAUUGUUGAAGCAGAAGUUGUCAAGACCCAGUUUUGUGGUGGGCUCAAGAUGAACAUUAGCUUUUCGCGAAAGUCCUCAAAGUCUGGCGAAGACUUUCUGAUGAACACAGCCUCCCCUAAACCAUCUGCACCACACCAAAGUAUGCCUGGACGGAAUUACGGCUUCCGGCAGACACCUGACCGCCAACAGAGGGAGGCUGCUGCUCGUUUGGGAUAUGGAAAUGAUUCCCCUCGAUUUUCAACCCCUAGAGGCGCUUCGAGACCUAGUCGACUGAAGGGCAAAGGUACUCCAAACCCUCUUACUUAUCAAGUAGAGAUGGAAAUGCAAUCAUCAGGACUUCCCAAGCUCAAAAUUAAGCGUACUGACUCUAUGAAUGCAGCAGAUUUGGCCUUAGGUGGAGGUCCUCUAUCAGCUUCUCACAGCCCAUUAGUUGGUGUGAAACCCUCUCAGCUAGAAAGUCCCUUGGCUUUUUUCUCUAAACACAGAGAUCCUGGAUGUGUUUCCCCAUCCUGUGCUCAUGUCACACCAGCUAAGAGUACACCUGGAAAAGGUGGAAGUGUCCAAACUUACAUCUGCCAGUCGUACACACCUACAAGCCAUCCCGGGGGAACAAUGUCUCCAGUGGCAGUUGCAGACAUAAUCCCCCUGACUCCUUCACCUGUAGGGAAGGUGCCUCCAGACAGUUUCAACAGCUGGCCUCGCAAGAAGAGAGCUCAGGUUGGAGUGGUUGGAGGCAGAGAUCGUGGCCUCAAGGGGGAGCCACUGCUGGAGGAGUUGUUGGAGGAAGCAGAGCUUGGAGUUAGCAGAUUGCAGGACAUUGAUGACACUGAUGAGCCCUUAAGCAACAAAGCUUCAAUAUUAAGCUUGACAUCCAAACAGUUGCAUCCAGUGGGAGCCGAUACAUCUCCCAUGUCACCUGUAGAAGGCUUGUCCUGGAUGGAGAAGCUGUCUCAGCAUUCUGAGUCUACCGACCCUGAGGAUGGAGGACUCAAGUUAGCAGCAACUACUCCCAGCUCAAAGGUGACAAAACCAGUGUCGGCUAGUGGGAUUUUGGCCCUCACUCACUCUCCAUUGUUGUUCAAGGGGAAAACAGGCUCUGCUUGUAAGAGAACACCAAAUUUCAAAGAUGAGACUGCAUCAAGGAGGACGACAGACGUUGAUGGAGUGGAAGUUUCGCCGUUCAGUCAUCCAGUCAGACGCUCGACCUCUGGGAAGAGCUACAGCAGGAAGAGACUGCUUCACUGAACCACAAAACCAAAAGAUUCAACACUGUGUGUUACUCUGUAGUUAUGAGCCAUUCUUGGCUUUUUUUUGUGAAGUGUUCUUUUGAUGGCAGACCUGAAAGAAGUCCUUCAAGCACAACUUGAAAGGCCUUUUUUCAAUGAAUGAGUGCCCUGAUUCGGUCUCCUCCGCCAACACUUUUGACCCCUACAUUUUCUAUUCUAAGAUGUGGUUUUGUUUUAAUCAGGACCUUUUCAGAUUUUAAAUUAAAUUGGGUUACCCAUUUCUUUCCCCCUCAUUACACAUAUGUCAUGCUUCCUGCAGUUGCCAAUCUGAAGAUAAAACUUAGCCCAAAUCUGUAUUAUUCAUGUAUAGUAUUAUUCAUGUCUAUUUAUUUGUCUAUUUGUUUUUGUGAUAGAAUUGCUUUUAAGUAAAAGGGAUGUCCUUUAAUGUUGUUUCAUGUUAUAAACAUGUUACCUGUUGCCCAAGUCUUAUGUAAAUAAAUAUUCUUUUCUAAAA